AAUUUUUUUUCUUCUUAUGUUGAGGUUGAUACAGAAACAUUAUCCGUGUCAACGCACAACGGUUCUAUUGAGAUCAACUCGCAUUUGUGCUUACAGAACCUAUGUCACUGAUAGAGAUUUCACUAUACCCAAAACACGUAAUAUUGGUAUUAUUGCCCAUAUCGAUGCAGGUAAAAUAGAUAGAUCCGAAGGCAUGGUAUUUAUUGACUUUACUACCUAGGUAAAACAACCACGACAGAACGUAUGUUGUAUUAUGCAGGUGUAACAAAACGUAUUGGAGGUAAAACAAAAAAAAACAAAAAAAGAUGAUGCAAUGUUGAUCACUACUUAGACAUUGAUGAUGGAGAUACAGUAAUGGACUACCUUGCAGCAGAAAGAGAACGAGGCAUCACGAUCAACAGUGCCGCCAUCACAUUUGGCUGGCAAGGCCAUCGCAUCAACUUGAUUGACACACCCGGUCAUGUUGAUUUCACCAUGGAAGUCGAACGUGCUGUCCGUGUCUUGGACGGCGCCGUCACCAUCCUGGACGGUGUGGCGGGUGUGGAAGCUCAGACAGAAACCGUAUGGAAACAAGCCGAUCGGUACUCGAUUCCACGUAUUGCAUUUAUCAACAAACUGGAUCGUACAGGUGCUGCAUUCGGCAGGACUGUGCGUGAGAUCUGGAAAAAGCUGCGUGCUCGACCUUUGGUACUUCAACUACCUGUGAUGCAUGACGAGAGCAUGGAUCCAAAGGGACUCAAGGCCGUGGUGGAUAUUGUGACGAUGGAACUGAUCCAAUGGGACAGUCAACAUGCGGACGGAUCUGUGUUUCAACGUGUGCCUCUGCAUCCAUCGACAGUUGAUCAAGAUGCGAUGGAUGAAGCUGUCAGGGCAAGAACCGCCUUAGUAGAAGCAUUGGCUGACAUGGACGAUGCGAUUGUAGAAGCCUUUUUUGACGAAGCGGACGGUGAUCAUAUGCUUGUAAAGCCUGAGGCUAUCCAAGCAGCCAUUCGACGCGUGACGCUCGAAAACAAGGCUGUGCCUGUGUUGUGUGGUGCUGCCUUUAAGAAUUUGGGAGUCCAGCCCCUCUUGAACGCUGUGAUUGAUUAUCUCCCAAGUCCCUUAGACCGACCUUCUGCUUUAGUGACGUACAGUAGCGGCAAGACAGCCCUUGUGCCUUUGCAUGACAAUCAUCUAUGCGCAUUAGCCUUCAAAGUCGUUCAUGAUGCUCGACGAGGUCCUAUGGUGUAUGUCAAGGUCUAUUCUGGCAAACUCAACACACGUAUGACAUUAUUCAAUACCACCACAAGAGCAAAAGAACGAGUCAACAAACUACUUCAGAUGUAUGCUAAAGAUGUUGAGGAAAUUCCCUCCAUUCAUGCAGGUAACAUUGGUGUGAUUGUGGGUCUGAAGGACACACGUACAGGCGACACACUCGUUCAAUCGAACGAUACGCAGGCGAUUAAAAAGGGACUUCAGUUGGGCAACAUUGAUGUGCCUAGUCCUGCCUUUUUCUCGGCUGUGGAGCCUGCUUCUGUCUCUGAAGAAGAAGCGGUGCACAAUGCACUUCAGAACCUUGUCCGUGAAGACCCUUCUCUCAAGGUAUGGACAGAUGAAGAAAGUGGUCAACUUUUAGUGAGUGGUAUGGGUGAACUUCAUUUGGAAAUCGUCAAGGAUCGCUUGUUGAAUGACUUUAAAGUCAAGGCAGACAUGGGCAAGAUGCGCAUUAGUUAUCGAGAAACAUGUCAAUCAGCCUCUGAUGCUUUUUCAGAAUACGAUCGAGACGUGUUGGGUAAAAAAGCAAGAGCUGCUUGUCGAAUUGCAUUGUCUCCUUUGGAGGACAGUCCUUUAGAAGAAGGAUGGGUGGCUGAUUCAGGCAACUAUUUGGCUGCUGAUGUUACUCUUGAUGAUGAUGCGUCCACAGACACACCACUCCAUCCAGAAGAUGUUAAGCAAGCUGUUCAGAAUGGCCUAAUGGCUGGUCUUGCUCGAGGUGCUGUUUUGGGUUUCCCUCUGACAAAACUCAAAAUCAAGGCCUAUGAUCUGCAGACGUUUGGUCAAGAAUCCACCUUGGGUGCUAUUUCAGCCUGUGUUUCGAAUGGUGUCUAUGAAGCUGUUCAAAAGGCAGAUCCUUGUCUCUUAGAACCUAUGAUGGAAGUGUAUACACAAGUCAAUGAAAAGCAUAUUGGUACUGUCGUGAGUGACUUGAGUGGUACACGUCGAGGUCAUGUGAUUGGCUUAGAGUCAUCGAUAGAAGAAGAAACAGGCACAGAGGCCAUAGAAGUGUAUGCACCCAAGGAUUCACUGCUUGUUCACCAGGAUAUUGAUGGAUAUCAACCCAAGCAAGUGAUCAAAGCACAUGUGCCACUAAGUUCUAUGCUUGGUUAUUCCAGUGCACUUCGUAGUCUGACAGGCGGGAGUGGUUCUUUCUCUAUGCGUGUCAUUGGAUAUGGUGAAAUGAGUAAAGACAGAGAAAAGACUGUUGUGUCUGAAAUGAAAGGAUGGUAAAAUAAACAGAUAAUUAAGGACAAACAACUCGUUUAUGAGUCGUUUUGAUUGGAUAACAUGCAUGAGGUCAAUUGUCAAAAAGAACAACAAGUGGUGUAGGUGUA